GGCAAUUAAGGUGUUCGUGAAAAUAAAAGUGAUAUAAGCUCAAAGUGAGGGUGAAUAAGGGUGUAAAAAAUUGGUAAAAAAUUAGUAAUAAAAAGGUAAGGGCUUCGAUGGAGUAUGAGUGCGUGUUUACGUUCCGUACCAAAACAUGAAUGACCUUGAAAUUGGUGAUUAUUGGGGUGUCACGUGACGUUUUUUAGAAUCAGGGAUUGGCGGGUGACGGCGCGUACCCUGCGCCCCUUGGAUGCUCGAUAGAUCGUUUCGCAAGAUGAAGUCCGAAUCAAAACCUUUGUUGACAGCUCAGGCAGAAAAGGCGAAUCAUUACACUUCUGUGGAUUCGCAUUCCAGAUAUUUGAAGGAAUUCCGCGUGGAACAAUGCCCCCUCUUUAUACAACGCAAAUGCACCCAGCACAGGCCCUUCACGUGCUUCAACUGGCACUUUAUGAACCAGAGAAGGCGAAGACCGGUCAGAAAAAGGGAUCGCACUUUCAAUUACAGCGCGGACAAUUAUUGCACAAAAUACGAUGAGACAACCGGCAUUUGUCCAGACGGAGAUGAAUGUCCGUUCUUGCAUCGUACAGCUGGUGACACGGAGAGACGGUAUCAUCUACGCUACUACAAAACUUGUAUGUGCGUUCAUGAUACAGAUUCAAGAGGAUUUUGUGUGAAAAAUGGUCCACAUUGCGCAUUUGCGCAUGGUAAUCACGAUCUCCGACCACCGGUUUAUGAUAUUAAGGAAAUACAGGCGCUCGAAAAUCCAGAUUCUGAUCCAAACUCAUCCACGAAUGGACCAAAUAUUCUAGAUAAGGAGAGAAAUCUCAUGAACGAAGACCCUAAGUGGCAAGAUACUAAUUACGUACUAGGCAAUUAUAAAACAGAGCCAUGCAAACGACCUCCGAGACUUUGCAGGCAAGGAUACGCCUGUCCACAAUAUCACAACAGCAAAGACAAAAGACGCAGCCCUAGGAAAUACAAAUAUAGAUCUACACCAUGCCCCAAUGUAAAGCACGGGGAAGAAUGGGGAGAGCCAGGAAAUUGCGAGCAAGGAGAUGCCUGCACAUACUGCCACACUCGUACGGAACAGCAAUUUCAUCCAGAGAUCUACAAAUCAACUAAAUGCAACGACGUUCAACAGGCUGGAUAUUGCCCGCGCGGCGUAUUUUGCGCCUUUGCACACGUUGACCGUGAGUGUAACCUCAUCAAUCUGUUGCCUACAGAAGAAAUGAGCCUCGCGAGGGAUAUGGCUGUGCCUCUAGAAGGCACCAACAUCGCUGACUUAAUCAGCAGCGUUCUUACACCUGAUAAAAAACUACACGACAAGGACAAGCCUCCGAGUGAUAGCAGCUUAACUGGAUUCCAGAAUGGCAGCGGUGGAGAUGUCUCUGAAUCCGCGAGUACGACCAGCAGCAUCGGUAGCAAUAGUUCACAUAGUAAAGCGCCCGGCGCCCAACUACACAAUUCUUCAUCUGCCUCCGCAUCUGCCGCUGCUGCUCAGCAAAAACUUACGAAUAUUCUCUACAACCCAUCCUCGAUAUUACAAGCUAGCGAAAUAAGGAAACAAAUAAUGGCAAUAGAUAGCGAUCCACUACUAAACAAAGCUGAAAAAGCUCAACGAAAACAAAGCCUCUAUAUAGCUUUCAGCCUCAACGGCACACUAGGCAGUCAUUCCUUAGGCUCAACCGUAUCGCCAUUGUCAACUUCGUUCUAUCCAAGUGAUACCGUCGAGUCAGUUGUCGGGAAUGCACUGGAUGACAUCCACCUAGACGACCCAUUAAGCUUAGUAGACUCAAUACAUAGGGAUACAAAUUCGCCGAUGAGUAAUUCUAUAUCGGCUGGUUUGGCUAGUUCCGGGCUCCUUGGUAGUUCUGCGCCUGUUAACAUACCUGGUAUGGCAGAGCGAUCCGUACUCAGUAAUUUUUCCCCAUCCACAUCGAGUCCUCUCCAGCAGUUACAGUCAGCGGGAUUUUUAACCGGGGCUAGAUUCUCCCAUCAGGAUUCGAUGGAAUCGACAAUGCCCUUCAUGAGCCAGGCGUCGGAUCCUUUCAGCAAUCACAUCUCACAGCUCAGUAGUUCGGCGUCAAAAUUAAGCGGAUUCAGUAGCAGUUUAUUCGAUUUUGCAAAUCAAGGAAUGUCACCUUCUCGAGCACAGCCUUUACCAGCAUCUCCUCUCGUCAAUGCUUUUUCUAUUAGCCCAAGCAACACUGGCACAUUAUCGGAGGUUCAAAGGCUCAGAGAAGAGCUGACGUCGAGUCGUGCGCAGUUGGCGACUUGGGAUGAGCGAAUCAAUCAGGCUCGAGCAGCCUGCACGGCUUGGCAGUUGGAGAGCGAAGAUGCCAAACGUAAAGCGUCCAUAGCGGAACAGCAGAGGGAUGAGAGCAUGGAUUGUUUGCAGGCUUUGUUGCAGGUGAAGGCAUUGAGAGUUGAAAAUGAAGCUGCCGUAGGCGGACCGUAUCUACAUUCGCUUAGGAGAACUAGCGAGCUCAGGUCUUUAUCGAUAGCGACGUUAAAAUCUUUGCAAUCCCAGCUACGAUCUGACCUUGAAGAAGUAGAAAAGGUGCUUUACUUAGAAACAGCAACGAAAUGUAUGGUUUGCGAAGAACAAAAUCGAACGGUUACUUUAUCUCCGUGUAAUCACUAUGUAGUUUGUUCAACGUGUGCACCUAAUCAACGCGAAUGUCCGUACUGCCAGACACCGGUUGUUUCAACGAGUCAAGCCUGAACGAAUUUAUCAUUUAUCUUUUCAUUAAUAAAACAAGAUCAUACAGCAUUUAUUAUUUUAAACGGUGAAGGACUUUCUUUAACUGUCUUUUUUUU